GCUGGGCGCGGGGCGCGGGGCGCCAGGAGCCGGGGCCGGCUGCGUGCGCGGCGGGCGGGCGAGGGGUAGAGCGCGGAGGGAGGGAGCGUGUGUCUGUGCGCGCCGGGUGUGUGUGUGUGUGUGCGUGCGUGUGUGCAGGGUAUAUGUGCGGGGGGCGGGGGACCGCCAGCGGGGGGGCGGGGAUGUGGUCUGCUGGAAAAUGUUUAAAAAAACAAAUCCGCUCCAAACCCCCAGCCCCGUGUGCGUGAGCCAAUGCCGGCAAGGUGAAGGCUGCGCGGGGUGGGGACGACGCGACUGCCGCCCGCCCACCCGCAGGCCACGGCAGAGUUGCACCGCGGGGCGGGGCUCGGAGAGCCCAGCGACGUGGAUGGGGCAGCUAGGGGCAGCAGCGUGGACGCAGACCCUCAGUCCUCAGGCAGCUCAGGUCCUGGUUCGUCCCCUAGCCCAGGAGGAUGCUGUGGGAGCCGGAGCAGCAGCAAGAGGGAGAAUGGGGGGAAGCAGCACUAGAGAAGUCCUUCAGCUCCUACUUAAUGGAAGCCUUGCAGGUGCAAGAUGGCUCCAGCAGGCCCAGCAUCACUUCUUCACAGUGUCCCAAAGCCAGAAAAAAGGCUGUUGUUUUUUAAAGCAGGAAAACCUUCCCAAACUUGGCCAGAAUUGCAUCGCAGACCCUUUCCCAAAACAAUUUCCAGCGAAGGGAAUAGACUGACCAUGUCUGGUUCAGAUGAAUGAAGAUUUGCCCCUGGGGGCUAGGGAGGGGCUUGCCCCUGCUGAAGCAGACCCUUGCCCAGCAGCUGAACAGAGCCUAGGUUCAUCAGAUGGAGGAAGAGACUGGCCGCUAACAGUGCCUGACAUACAGAUGUGCUUCCUGUGAUGCCGCUGCUGCCACCAUUCCAAAUGUAAGCAGUCAGCUGCUUGGGAUACUACCUACCUUCUUUUGUGUUCUUAUUAAUACAAUUAAAGAUUGCUUUCUGGGUAGAGAAA